AAUAUUUGUCAAACUUGUUAUUGUGCCUUGUUUUGUGGUUGCGUCGAAGUCCCUUCUAAAGUCAAAAGCCAGCUGCAUUUCCAGAAGUCUCCAUCUCACUGCGUUAAGUUUCUAUUUUCAGUGACAAGAAAUCAUUAUUAAUGGUGUUAUCAAUUGAUAAAGCCUCUAAAUUGGACUUAAAUUUCAGUAGACAUGAAGAAAAAACGUCGCAAAAUAGUGAACUUGAUAGUUCCAACGUCAACGUCAUCAAAAUGUCCGUCGACCGCGAAGCACUGGAGGCAGGAAAGAGUUAUCUCUUCACCCUCGGUAGGGCGCCUCAGCAGUGCUCCUGAUGUCACUUCAGGGUCAGACAAUAGUCUUAUCCUUAAGAGUGUCACUGAGGAAGAUGAAAGACCAGGCCUCUUGGCUUCGGCAUUCUUCAAGAAAAGCAAAGCAGGAGGAGGAGGGCCCAGUGACACUAACUACAUCCGCUUCCUCCAUCAUUUGACGGAUAAUUUGUUGGUGAAGUGGGAGUCUAUAUUGCUGGAAUCUCGUUUGUACAUCCAGUUACCAGAGACCAGUUUGCAUCAAGGAGGAAGAGACAGCCUGGUGGAGCUUCUAGAUAUAGCUGAGGAACAGUUAGGAUGUAGUCAAGUCAUCAUCAUGUUUGCCAGGGAAAGAUCUGAUGUUGCUCAGUUGAUGAGAAAUUUCAAGUUUCUUGGAUUUGAAACACUUCCUCCUGGUCACCAGUGGUUACCACCGGCUACAGACCAGUUCUUUAUGGCAUAUAACAUCUAGUCUCAAACCCAACAACAUUGAGUCUCCACCCUAAGACUAGACUAGACUAGGCUAUCAUGGCCUGCAUGUCAGUCAGUCUCCUAGGUAGCCUAAGAGAAAGGACAAUCCUGGUACCCUGUAGCCAGUGUGUACAAAACCUCCUGGAAUGUGUUAUCUCAUUUUAGACCAUCGCAAUACUAACAAAUUAUAUUUCGCUGGUUUGUUGCUAUGGGUGAAA